CGCUCGGGCAGCAAUAUAGACUACUGCGAGCGCAACACGGGCAAACUUAUCAGAGGUGUUGCGCGGACAUGAACGAGUCUGUAUAUUGCAACAUCUGUACCACGAACUUUCAGAGCUUUGAAGAGGAGGUAUAUUACCCGUUAGUGAAACACCCGCUACACGUGAUUGUAAUUUUGACCCUUGCUUAUGGUCUAGCUUUCCUGUUCGCUGUCGUUGGAAAUUGCUUUGUAAUUGCUGUCGUUUUGAAAUACCCAUGGAUGCGAACAGUAACGAAUUAUUUUGUGGUGAAUUUGGCUGUGGCUGACCUUCUUAUUGCAAUCUUCAAUGUCCCCUUCACUCUGGUGGAUAACAUAUAUUCUGGAUGGCGGUUGGGGUCCUUCCUGUGUAAAGCCACGCCCUUCCUCCAGCAAGUGUCUGUCUGUGUGUCAGUGAACACGCUGGCCCUCAUAGCUGUCGACAGGUAUAUGGCCAUAUGUAACACGUGGUUGUCGAAAAUAUCUAAAACAGCAGCCCGAAUCGCCAUUCUCUGUAUCUGGAUCACAUCCAUUGCCUUGUCGAUACCAAUAGUAGUUUUUUACGAGGAAUACGAGACGCAUACAGGUACUCAGGUUAUUCCGAUGUGCUUUCAGCUUUGGCCAAACUUCGACUACCAGCGAGCGUAUUUUGUUGUAGGACUUUUCGUGUUGUGUUACACCUUGCCUUUGUUGCUCAUUAUGGUUUGUUAUACCUCUAUAACUGUCCGCGUUUGGCGUCGACAUGCCCCAGGCGUGUCCAAUACGUGUUACAGCGGCGUCAUCCACAAGUCAAAAAUCAAAGUCAUAAAGAUGUUUGGAAUUGUGAUAAGCCUGUAUGCUCUGUCAUGGCUGCCAUUAUACGUAAUUUUCUUUAAGUUGUAUUUCUCGCCUCCUGCCACAAACAGUAAAGAUUUUGAUUUGCUGUUCAGCAUCAUCAUUCCAAUUAGUCAGUGGCUAGGGCUCUGUAACAGUGGAAUAAACCCAAUGAUCUACUGCUUCUACAGCAAGAAAUACCGCCAUGGGUUCAAGUGCCUGAUGAUGUGCAAGCCCUACUUUUACCCAUCGCGUUAUCUAACGUACCAAUCGGGUAAAAAUCCCCACCCUGAAUCGUCCAGUUCUAGAAGUGAGGAAAGGAUUUCUAAAGACGAACGGGUCUACAACCAGGCCAGAUUCAUGCUCGUUCAGUAUUCGGACGGCAACAUGACAGUCAGCUUCAGAAAGGAGGACACGAAUCAGACAAGAAUAUGACGUCACAGGCACGUUCAAUUACAACAGUUCAGCAUAAAACGGAAGGUGCGGAUUAUCUUCUUGUCUUUAAACUUUAAAUCGAUGAUGUUGUUAUGCCUUUUCUAAUUCACAUGUCAUAAACCCCCAUCUUUUGUCGUUUGUCAUCCUCAACAUUAAUCUUUAUAAAACGUUCAUCAAAAUUCACUUAUUUUGCAUUCAACUUGUAUUGCUCAGUGUAUUGAUUCAAGCCUCUUGCUAUUUUCAGAUACAAACGAAAUAAGGUCACUUGUUUACCGGAAAACAUAGUUAAAACGUUAUUACAAAAAUUGUAACAAGUUAGAAAUGUCUGUAAUCACUGUAAUAUCUUGUUUCAUUCUCUAGCUUUAUACGAUUAUCAUUUAUCGAUUUGAAUAUCUUGAAAUCGUUUGGGUUGCUUAUUAAGAUACUUGUAUUACAAUUUCAUAAAAGAAAAUCGAUGUCUUUUUUCAAUUCAAUUUUAUUUUAAAAAGUCUGAUAAUAUCUUACAGCUAGUGAUAUUUAUUUGACCAAUAUGCAUACGUUUUUAGACUGAAAACUGACAGGAAGUUGCGCAUUUAUUUUUUUUAUGAGUAUGCGUUAUUUCUUAAACUACUUUAAAUUUUGUAAAAUGUUUGCUAUAUGUAUCUCCUUGUUAAGUUGUGUAACGUAUUUUUGUUAUUAAAUAUUUUGAUUUUUGUGGAGUUUCUUAU